AUGCGAAUACUGGACGUCAACUGUAUAUUCAUCAGAACUUUCAUGUCCACAACGGCUUAUGUGAAUCUGGACAACUUUGCACUUUGGCAAGUUUGUUUAUUUCACCUCAUAUCUUUUGCAGCAAUUUUCGAUUUCUCGGUUGUUCAUCCGAGUAAGGUCUGCGCUGUUUGCUCUAGCGUUUUGUCACACACUGAUACUUGUUUUUCCCACCGGCUGGACUUCACCUCGUAUUAUUUUUGACUGUCUACGUGCUCCUAUGAGCUUUGUCUGUUCCCUAAAAAAGGUACUUGUCCGCACAGAACCUGUACUGUGCAGGUACAUAUAUGUAUAUGUAUUUACAGACCGCUAUCAGAGCGCGGGUGUGCGAAUUCACAUACUAACCAAAUGAAAUAAAAAGUGUUUAGUUAUCAACGCUAGAAGCUAGACGAAUGUAACAUCAAGCCUCUAGGUAAAAAGGAUGCAUUGACCUCGACGUAACUGAGUAUUUCCUUGGGGUUGUAGCCCUAACGAAAGUGGAUUGCCAGCCUUAUACCGGCCCACUUUAACUCAUUCAGUGCGAGAUACACACAAGGUUCGCCCAUUAGUUCACGAUUUGAAUGAGCUUUCUGGCACACAACAUGCCCACUCGCGAAUAUAAUCACAAAUAUUUCGUUGUACAGACUUGAUAACGGCAUUUUAUCCGAAGCUGGCGUGUUCUUCCAUCGCUCCGUCCUCCUUAAUCGUUUCGCUUCUCAAUUACUUUAUUUUCUACAACCAGUCUCGGCAGCUGCGACUACAAGAGACAUGCCUGCGUUGUGUAUUAAAUAACCGGGUCAAUGAAAACCAAAAGCCGAAACAGGCGAUCUAACUUAUUAGACCUUUCGAAGUUUACGAAAGACUUGCGUUCAUUCACAUGUAUCUUGGCGUCCGGGUGUCUUUGAUCAAGGACAAAUAGUUUUUUUGUGCCCUCCGCGGAGUCGGAAUCCACAUGGCGCGUUUCUUCAGUGCUGGCUUACUGGGCAUACCUCGACAUGUUGUGAUUAUUUCUGACACACGAAUUAUCCCAAACAUGUCAUGUUUGGGAUGUUUCCACAUGUUCAUUUGACUCGCGGAGUUGCGACGCUUUUGCUAUUCAUUCGAGGGAGUGGAAUUUGAAUAUCGCUAAAAAAUCUUGAUCCUUCCGUACCGACCGUCGCUUCUUAAAGACGGACGUCUGUACACUUUCUUCUCAAGUGUAACCGCCCACGUAAUUCCUUAUUCCCGGCGAUAAGUCCCAAGUCCACAACGGUAGAUGGAAAUCUCGAAACCUUGAACUUUUAGUUGGCGGGAAGCCGUUAUUUUGGCCAAGGAAGCCUUGGCUAUUGCCUGUGAUGACAUCGUUUUCUUCUAGGCUAUCAAAAGUAGUCUGAUUGAUCAUUUAGUGCCCUGAAAUAAGGAAGUCAAAAUUUCAGGUUUGCUGCUGACUGACAUUAAAUUUGAAAGAACUUCUCACUACUGAUGUUUGGAUGUUGACCAUUCUGGCUACAUACCCAACUCCACCAAUUUUUGCCCCUACCCCAUAGGAAAUUGAAGUUAUUUCUCGAUUGUGCGCAAAACAACCCUGGUGUUGAGGGAUGUAAACACUGCGAACUUCCGUUAAUUACCUUUUGGGCACCAUUUUAGUUUGGUGCGAUUCGCAUCCUCUGAGAGUAAGUUUGGUACACCCCCCCCCCCCUUUAUUACGUCCCGAAAAAAGUCGUUAAUUGGUUGUGGUUAGGAGCUUUCAAUUCGCCUGGCCUUGGGAAUGAAACAUUCACCGUUUUUUGAUUCAAUCAAACUUUUGUUUACAGGCAUAUAUGAUCGUACUAAGCUGAGCUCUAGUAAUAGAGCUCGCUUCUGCCACAAAAUUCCAAAGAAGAUGCAAGAGCCGUCUGUCUCGUCAACUACAUGUUCUCCUCACAAAAAAGCUUCAGAAAAUCAGCGGUCUGAAAAUAGUUCAGAGGCUACUACACGCAAAGUCACGCAUAGCCCCAAACACGAGACCAAAAGUGACCCUGUCCCCAAGAAGCCGGGGAGCAUUUCCAGUCACCGAGACUCCAGUCAGAAUCGCCAACGGUCUAAAAGACGCCCCCACACCUGCUCUAAAGCGCAACGCAAGCGGCGGCGCUCGUCGUAUUGCCGACAUUCUCGCCGAAGUCGCUCAAGAAGGCGGCGGUCUCGACGCUCUCAUCGGUCCCGGUCAUCAUCCUCACGACGCAGGUCGUCCAGCACAAGGAGAGGCCACAAACACCGCAGGCGCGACAGAUCUUCAUCCUAUUCGAGUCCUUCACGAAGUUCCAGCAGGAGCAGCAGCUCUUCCUCACGAUCUCGUCGCGGAAGGAGCCCGACGCCUAGGCCGCCGCCGCCGCCGCCACCACCAAAGCAACCGGAGUCCAACCGCGCCAGUAGCUCUAUGGAAGCCACUCAUAAAGACACUGCCACAAGCGCUGAGGCAAAGCCUUCAGCCGUCUCACCAAAAACGUCGACCGUUACGAACGCCAACAACGUCCCUAUGUCUGAAACUUUGGGCUCACUUCCACGACUCGUCCAAUCUAACCCCCUUGCCAGUUCUCUACUAUCCCUUCUGAUGAACGUUUUAAAUUCGCCUGGUCAGCCACCAUCGUCGUUGGGAGAACUUAUCGGUUUGAAAAUGCCCGGUCUGUUGAAUCCUCAACCUGCACCCGCAGUCAAUCCACUGAUACCUCUCAGUGCCACUAGACAGGCUCGUAGGCUGUACAUUGGAAGCAUCCCACCGGGUAUGACCUCUGAGGGCAUGAUGCUGUUCUUUAACACGGAGAUGCGCGCACGCGGCCUUUGUCAGGCAGUCGGUGAUCCUGUAAUCGCUGUCCAGGUGAAUUCCGAGAGGCACUUUUCCUUCAUCGAACUGAGGUCCGUGGAAGAAGCCACUGCCGCUUUGAAUUUGGACGGUGUUACCUACUUUGGCAGUUCCUUGCGUGUCCGUCGUCCGCGCGACUACGUGCCGCCGCCUGUGACUCUUGAAUCGAGAACUGGUUUCGCCUUCGCGCCCUCUCUGUCUUCAAAUUGUGUGUUUGUCUGUGGGUUACCGCCUACGAUGCCAGAGAUCAGCCUUCAGUCAAUGCUUUCAUCCUUUGGCGUUCUGAAAUCCUGCGGCAUGGUCAAGGUAAGCACUUGACACUAGCUGCUGCGGUAGUGCUUGCACAACUUCAUAAUCUGCCAGUAAAUAAAGGACUCGUAGGUUGUAAUAUUUUACGUAGGACGGCAAAUAUCCCUCCCGUGCUUUUACAGCAUGCCUGCUUUUUUCCGUGAAAUAUAAACUCCUGCAGGGUCAGAACUGAUGCUACCACUUAUCAGUGAGAAUUGCAACUGAAUGCUGUCCAUCCUCCUCUCUACAAUGACUUCGCGCCGUCCAGUUCCGAUAGGUAAUAUCUGUUCAUACACACAGACAGAAAAUAACCAAGUGUGCUUAAGUUGGCUGCUACUCUCAAAGUCCACCAGUCACAUUGUUCCUAGUAUACCACGCAGUAUACCCUACCGCUGUGUUUGUGGAAGUGUUAUCAUAUGGCGCUUGUCAAUUUCCUGUCGAAAACUUUCUACCGUCUGCAUAGAGUGCCAGUACUUCGGCUCUUUAACCGAAGAAAGGAGGCCGGAGGGGGGAGGGUAGGGAAAAUGUGAACUAAGGACAUGUGCCAUGAAUGCUAUAAAUCAGACAGCGAUCACAGGCCUAACUUCAGCUGCGGUUGAAGACUCCACUACAUCAGAGUAGUCCUACUUGUCAUAUCGUUUCAUUAUGCACCCGAGCGGGGCAGCAACACGAUAGUUCCACCAUCGCAAGCAACGAGAUCCAUCACCGCGUCACGAAGUAAACACAAUGGGGACUUUUGGUCUUGCCACCUCGCCCACUAUUCCAAUGUCCGCCAUACAAUACAAGGUCAAUACGACCAGAUAUGGGCGUGAGUGCAUUAGUUGAGAAUACAAAACAUUCCAUAGAGACGUGCCACACGCGACUUGGUUCCCAUCUUCACAUCGGGGCACAGGAGCGAGAGAUACUAUAGAGGCUGCACUAAGAAAAAGCCUUUACAGUCUAACCCCCCCUUUUUUAGAUGAAGAGCUGAGUCAUCCCAUCAAUUAGCAACUUUCCAGGCUACGACUUCUAGCGCAUCGUGAUAGUUUGGAGAUGCCAGAUUUGUCAUAGGAAGACAUUUUUCGAAUUGGCACGAGGAGGGGUAUCUCAUUUCCUGUCUCACUCUCCUUCCUAUGCGCUAGUGGCAUCUCCAAAGUCCUUUCACCAGACUGUGCAUGACAGUUGCCAUUCUUCUUGCUAAUUAAGUAUUAAGAAAGAUGCCGUUGAUUUUAAAAGUUUCGUAGCAUGUGACAAACAUGUCGGCAUAUCAACCCCACACCGUACUGUGUUCAAGAUGACGCAAACUUCUACAAGACCAUUGACUAUUCGGUAGUAUUUUGCAAUGGAUCCAGGUGGCCAGACUGCGUGUGUCCCCUUGGUCUUCCCGACCAUAACGCCCGUUAAGUGCACCUACCCAACGACCCCCUCGGACAGGUUCUCCGGUCCUCGUGCAGCUGAGAUGCCUGACAAUUUGCCAGAAAUAGGAAUGCUCAUGCUAGACCUUUGCUAUACCGGGAACUUCUUGAAUCACAACCUCACAGGGGAACGUAGACUUCCGUGGUUUUGACGUACAGAGGGUGAAGUUGAUGGCUAUGACGAACUGAAGACCAUUGGGCAAGAAAUUUAAAAAGAGUUAGGAGAAUUCCCGCGGAAGGUUUUACACAACUAGUUGGCGAGCGUACUUUGCUCGUGACCGCCAAACGGUGGUCGCAGACUUGACGCAGGACUGCUCGCGUACUGCCGCAGACCCACUACCGCGACAUCCUUCAAUCACUCUUGAGGGCAAGUAGAUUUAUGCCCACCCUCAUCCGAGAGAAUCAGACCUCAGAUCUGAUCGAACAGUGGAAACUAGAUAUUGGCAUCUUGAACUCUAGCAUUUGACUUCUCGCGCACCUCAUACAAAGCACAGGGCUGACAGGAAUUGCCUUGAACGCAUUUCGGUCCCUUAUAAUUGUUAGUGUUUCCAGUGCCUCAUCUCAUCCUGAUAAAAAUGCGACAACCAGCUAUGAGGAGUGUGACAUCCUCUCACUUUUGCUUACCGGAGAACAAUAUUCGUAGUAAACUGACGAUGUCCAUCAGAUGACAACAUAAAGCCUGAUAUUUUGCUAUGUUAAGGUACGGUUCCGGAUUGUAAGUAAGCUAUCCGAAUUUGAAAAGUAAAUCCGAAGGCAUUAUUCUGAGCGAAGUGUGAUGCUGACUUCCCAUAGGCCGCAACUAAAUGCUCUGUCAACUGCAAUGUUAGAGCGCCGAAUGCUCUCUGGAAGAAAUAAUCUUUGUAUCCGUUUAUUGACUCGCGAGACGGACCAUCUACCCCUAGAGCGACAAUCUCGAUGGAUGUUUACGGCGAAUGUGCCAGUGUGUAAGCACAUCUGAACACUAAUCAGACAAUACUAGAAAGCCUGUAUUAGCCCUAUUGCAUGGAAUGUCAGAUCCCACUUGUCAGGGGAGAGUUUAUCAGUAUUGCUUAGUCUGUAUUCAGGUUGUAAUUGACCGUCCAGAUUGUGACGAGUCCCCAUUUAUGUUAGUUGUUUUCGUACAGUUAUCCUACUUGUCUGUGUUCAGAUUCAUCUGCUUUGCGAGUAAAAAUCAGAUCGAGGGUUAUGCAGACGCAGUAGAAUAUGGCCCACCUGCGCAGACGGUGAAGUCAUCUAACAAGUGACGGGGGUGGCGGACCGUUCGAGCCGCUGUCGGGACAAGUCUUCCGAUUUUGUGGGUUUUCUACUUUGUAGAGAUCCUUUGACGGAUGUCUGUCAACAAAAAAAGGCGAAGCUCAUGAUGCACCUUUCUCUUGCUGAGUGUUUGGACCUGGCCAAUGAAGGCCGUAAUAUUUUUCAUAACGGACCAAGUACUUUGAUCUCCACUACAUGAAGUCUACAAGGAGUCACGACUCAAUUAAUCGUAGUCGAAAAAACGACUUCAGCAGGCGAGGCACUGCGUAAGCCCUCGUCAAAGCCGCAACGUUGCCCUCCGCAAUUAUUUAAUUCAUUUGCUUCCAUAGAUCCGUAACACUGCGAACUAGCAUAGGCAGGCGAAAUAGUGACGAAUUAAGGCCUGUAGAAUGAUGUCAAGUUCCCAGCUGCUGCUGUUUGCGAAGAGAAGGGCCCGCCUAGUAUCCAUUUACACCUACCUUCUCGUCUAGUGUCAAGACUAAGCAACGAGACCUGGAGAUGGACACGGGCGUGACAGCUGAUGGGGAUCAGAACUCGCGUCAUCCCGUACCACACGCACAAUGGGCUCCCGCUUGUGACCACCGUAACCCGCCGAGCGCCUGCCAGAGCUCUUUGCGAUGCCCGUUCCCGUCUUAAAAAAACUCUCCAGAUAGGCCAAUCAUAGGCAGACGCGCAUAAUGCGCGCGUAUUGAAUCCUGCCGUCAUUGUAAGCCUGAUAGUACUGAAGACCAGCGUAGAAUAGGCAAACAUGUAGACGCCGCAAAACGGGAGUGGGACAACAGUUGGACAAAUAACUACGUUCCUCUCUGAGUAGCCGCCUCUUAAACGUUUUCUCCUCACUAAUACACCUCAACUAGCCUACCUCGCUUGGUUCGGCGUAUGGGUCCAUUAAUAUAAGAGUUUAUGAAAUAAUAAAGAGAAAAGUUGCCAGUCCGUUACCGUCUUCACGCUGGAUUGUGCUUUAUCUCAGUUGCUUUUUCCCAGGUGUAUAACAGGCUUAGAUUUCAAACCGCCUAAUUCACUACUGCACCAUACUCCCUUAUCACACACUGGAUGGGUUCUGACGGUAGGCUGCCAAACGCCCAUUUGUAAGUUUUGCGAAUCUCCAUAGUCUUAGGUAGGAAAGACUAAAUUAUCUUCAGUUGUUUGGGUGAUAUACAACAUAAAGUUAAAUGCUCCCUUUAAUUUGCUCUUUGCUUCCGCAGGAUCCAGCUACGGGCGUCUCCAAAGGUUGCGGCUUCUUCGAGUACUUCGACUGCAAAACUGCCGACAUGGUUGCCGCUGCGCUUCACAAUUUGGAAAUCGAGGACCGGAAACUGUUUGCCAUUAGGGCGGACUAUCUGGCCACCGCCUGUCCCAGUCUCGGCGACGCUCUGGCCGCCUCUUCCCUUUCCUCCAUCACCAAGUUGUUGCCUACGUUAGAAUCACCAGCCGUUGACGCCCCGGCUGACCCUGCAGCCACCGUCACGCCAUCGGUUACCGAGGCGCCGGCGAUGGUCAGGGACGAACAGCAGAGCACGGAUGCGCCCAUGGGAGCAGAGACUAGCACGAACCAAACGGGCGCAACUGAAGUACUCUGUUUGUCAAACAUGAUCACUCCCGCGGACAUCGAGUCUCCAGAGGACUACACUGACGUCUUCGACGAUGUUCGAACCGAAUGUCUACGGCACGGCAAAGUCAAAAGCAUGCAGAUGCCUCGGCCAGUGCCAGGUGUUAAUGUGCCGGGGGUGGGAUGCAUUUUCGUCGAGUUCGUCUCCAUCAAGGACGCAAUGGCUGCAAGCAGUGCCCUAUCGGGACGUCAGUUCAACGGUAGGAUCGUCGUCACAAAUUUCUUUGACCCCACUCGAUACCUAAAGCAGGAGUUCUAA